AUGAAGAUGCUGCUCAGCUGCUCGCUCUGCCUGCUGCUGCUGCUCGGCUGUCUGAGUGAACCUGCUCACAGCAGGACGCUGCAGCUGGACAGCUGCUCUGUCACCGUCCACCUUUACGAGCUGCGCAGAUACCACUCGGACAUACGGUCAGCCGUGCUUUCUGAAGACAGCAACAUUGGAGUGAAGAUUCUGGACAAAGCUUUGAUAACAGAUGUUCAGGAGGGCCAGAUGUGCUGCUUCAUGCAGCUGCUGAUGCGUUUCUACGUUGAGAGAGUGUUCGGCAGCUUCGGCUCCUCUUGGCCGCAGUACCAGCGCUUCUCCAGCGCUCUGGCCAACGCCUUCGUCACCAUCAGGAAGGACAUCCGCUCAUGCCACUGCCUCUGUGAGGAAGACACCCAGAAGAAAAUCGACUCUGUGAAUGCUGAGUUCAUCAAGCUUGAGGUGAGCCAGGCGGCGCUGAAGGCCAUGGGAGAGCUGGACACUGUGCUGGACUGGCUGGACGCUCUCAAAGACAAAAACUGA